AUGACGUUCGCCAAGAAAGCAGAGAGAGCCGCAGCGCGCGGGCGGACAGCGAGUAUGGAUUCGAAGGACGCCAGUGCGCCUCCAAGGUCACUCGGGAGUUCGUUGUCGGCUGCGUCGUCGGACAAAGUUGAGAAUCCUUCGCCAGCGCAGACCAAAAAAGGCUCCGCGAGCCGCGGUGCCCGAAAUGGCGUGAAGUGUCGGAGAGCGGUUGUCGCAGCGGCAAGGGCGAAGAAGGCCGCGCAGGAGAGACGGGAAGCCGAGAAAACGGAGAAGGAUGCCGAGAAGCCGGCGGAGGCUCCAGCGUCUCUCCUGGAGAGAUGGAGGAAGCUGUGGAGUCAAACGGGCGCCUGCGUCGCCGAUUUCAUGGCAAGCGAAAACGGAGGGACGAGAAAGGGCACGCGGAAUCGAACCGCGUGCUGGAAAGACUGGCGCCAGCUCCGCGCAGUCGCUGAGCUCCUAGUGAACCCGCUGGAGAGCGACGGAGUCGCUGCACACAGAAGCGGCAUCCAACCGCGGCUCGCCCUGACGAAGUUUGACGCGCCUGUGGCCGAGCGAUCUGCGGGGGAAGAAGGCGAGGACUUCAAACAGAGUGCUGGCGGCGUGAGUGGAGAGCCAGUAGCAGACAUUCUGACGUCUGUGCGGCGCGGGUGGGGAGAAGCUGCCUUGCAGAUUGCGGUGUGGAGGCUGCGCGACCGACGCCUGCCAGUGCCAGUAGAGACAACUGGCCUUCUCCUCGACGUGCUCCUUAGGGACCCUGUCUUUCUUCCGGGUCCCUCGCCGCCAACAGCGCAUGCGUGCGCCUCCGCGCCCAGUUGCCCGUCGCCUUCCGAGCGUCUCUUCUGCCCUGUCUCCUCGUCCUUCUCUGCCUCCUCGCUGUGCUCCGAGGCGUUGCUCUCUAGUCCGGCGCUUCGCCUGGCGUACGCCAUGAGCAUCGUACGCGCAGUGAACCGCCUCGUCGAUUCCGCUGCGCCUCGGUCCGUGACACGCUCGGUGGCAUCGGUGGCAGCCGAGCUCGGCCUGCACCAGGAACUGGUGCAGAUGCGCCACGAUGCGACGCACCAGAGUCUUCCUGCGCUCUCGCUUCUUCGCGAAGGCGCCCUGGCUGCUCUAGACCAUCUUCUGCGGCUGUGGUGGGCGCCUCAACUGGAGCGCCUGAAUUGCCUUCUGGGCGUCUCCGCGGAGACCGACGCGCCGCACAGUGGCGCUGCAGGCUACCUCGUCUCCUGCUGGGUGACGGCAGCAGCGGCGCUCAUCCGAGACAGCAGGCCGCUGCCCGCGCUGCUGCGGCAGGCAAACGAAGCCGCGCGCAGGAGCGCGCCUUCGCUGGAGCACUUUCUCUGCUCGGGGAAUCGGCAGGAAGAACCCGCCCCCCUCGCUCUGGCGGCAGUUCACGCUGCAAAUCGAGGUGUGCGCACUCCCCGCAGAAUGGCUCGUGAGCUGGUCCAGAGGCUCGAGCGGACAGCUGCGAGUUCGCUGUGUGCCGCGGCGGGCGGUCGCGGAGGCCCCCAGCGAGGAAAGAAGGCCCUUCGGAAGACCCGGAAACUCCACGAAACGGAACUGCUCGAGUGGAGUCAGGCGGGCGGCAUCGGCCGAGCAGGCUGGGGCGUGCGCACACUGCUUCAGCAGCAGGUCUUUGAAGCGGAUGUCGACGAAGAGGUGUCUAUUUCCUGUUGUGUAGAGGGCCUCAUGGCAAACUUUGAUGCAACCUCUCACCCGAUUCUCCAGGCCUUCUUUCUCCAGCUCCUCCUUCUCCUGUCUCCGGCUUUCGCCGUCGACUGCUUGUCGCGGCUCUUUCUUCUUCUGCUUCACAUGGACCCCCGCUGUUUUGCCUCCGAUCCCCAAAGUGCCGCAGAAACCCGGUCUACAGCGGCCAGCCCCGGCUUUUCGCCGAACCGGUCUUCAUGGGAACUGGAGAAAGGUCCAGGCAGCGGCAGCGCGGUGUCGAGGAACCUCGAGCCCCGCUCUCCCCCGGCGGACAGUCCCUCCUCACUGGACUCUUCGUCCUCGACACUGCCGUUGCCACUCGCGGCGUUCGUUGCCCUGUCUCCUAGCGGCCAUGCCCCAUCGCCUGCGCGGACGAGCACCCCCUCGCGGAAACGGCGGAGGGCGUCAUCGUCGGAUGAAGACGUUCCUUUCGGGGUCUCAGCCAGUGGAGGCGAUCUGCUUCGGCGCGUCCAAGCGGCGGUGCGCCGAGCGCGGCUCUGGCGUCGACUGCUCCAGGCUUCCUCCUCUCACGCAGCAGCGCCAGAAAAGCAAGCGCGAGAGGGCCGUGACGCUUCACUCCGGUCCCGGAUCACAUCCGGUGAUGGUGAACCAGCGACGGAAAGGCUGACAAAUGACUCGUUGGAUGCAGACGAAGACGCAGUUGACGACUCGCGGGGAUGGCCUCGAGCCCCGCAACCUCUCAGGUGCACUCCAGCAACGACGACCAGCCGCAUGCCACCACGAAGAGAUACACAGCCGCACUGCUUCGGCUCCAGAGAUCGUUCCCACUCGCGAAUGUGCCAGGGAGGGACCGGAAACGGAGGCCAGACUGUCGCAGAGUGUGGGCGGUGUAGCUACAUUCAAAUGAGUCGAAACUUGCUGUCCUGGUUGCCGCUCUUGACUGGGGCAUUUACUACGCCGUCUACAAUACCACAGCUACCCUGUGCCUCCUCCUCUGCUUCGACUUCUCCUUCGUCUUCAUCUGCAUAUUUGAGGGAUCUUUCGACAGGAAUCUCUUCUCUUGGCGUUAUGGCGGUCCUCCACCAUUAUGUGCAUCACCACUCUUUCGCCCUCGAGGACGAGGAAGCCGAAUGCAUGUUCUCGGGCAGCACGGGCAGGCGCGGCAGCGCGUUGCCCGUCGCCUCGUGCCCUGGAGAGGCAGAGCAGAAGGACGAUGACGAGGACGGUGCUGCCUCGUGUCUCGGUUUCGAAGGCCGACAAACACUGAGCGGAGAGAGCGGACGCAGUUGCAACGCCGCUUCUGAGAGCACAGACGCAGAGACACGGUGCCAUGCUUCCGCAUCCCCGCCCGGUCAGGGAGGCCGGGCAGAGGCCGGGAGGCCCGCGACCUCUAGCCGAAGAGCGUGUGAUCUGGGCACCGUGUUUAUCGCCGCUCAGCAGCGCCUCGCGUCUGCCUGGCGGGUCGUGGGCUCUGCCGUCACCUUGCACUGCGCACAGAUCCUGGCUGAGCUGCCCGCGACGGGUCUCCGCGAGGAGGACGCAGAGGCGUCGCUCAGCCAGUCGCUGGCUCUGUUUCGGCUAAGAGUGAUUGCGGUGGCCGCUGCGUGUCUAGCGCGACCUGAGACGGCGCUCUCCAGGGUUCUCCAGGAGAAGAGCUUUUCUCUCUUUCGGGCUUGUGCGCAGCGCCUGCUGGCGCGAACGGAGUCACCUGACUGCCAAGCGGGCCUCACGGAGGAGGAUUCAGCGGAGACGCUUCUCGCCACUUGGGUUCCUCGCAGAGAGAGGAAGCGAGGCGCGCCGUGUGCCCCGAGGCCCGACGCCCGGCCGCCGGACCAGCCGGGACGAGUGACCCGCGAGCUCGAGCCCGCGGGGCGCGAAACCCAAAGAACGAAGGAUCCACGCCGCGAGACUGGAUGCGCCGACGAAGGGGGACAAGACAGAUGCGGAGAUGGGACGGAAGGUAGCGAAGACGAGGACUGUGCAGUCGAAUUCCUUAGCACAAGCGAGGAAGAAGAAGCCGCCGCACAGGCUCCGUACUGCUGCUACACUGACUGCUCUCGGUGGAGCCCCAGCCGCCUCCGCUUUCUGACUGCAUAUGAGGACAAGGAGGAGGAGGACGUGCAGGAAGACUCCUCGCGCGCGGCAGAGAGAGACAAAGGCAACGCAGAAGACAGAGUCGCCCUGGCGCUCGGGGCUCUGACCACUCAAGUGGAAGCGCGACUCACACGCGAGUCUGCAGCGGGCGAAGAAGGGGCGACUGAGGGAGGGGAGGAAGACGAUGCAGACGAAGAAAGAGCGAUCUACGAGGCUUCCGAAGAGGAACCAGACGACGCAGAUGAAGCCGCCAGCGCCAACGGAGGAGACGAACCCAAGGCAGUACACGUGCGCGCGACCAGUGAGAAACCACCCGCAGUCCAGGGAGGUCGACAGAGUAGCGAGCCGCAAGGCGCGCGGCAACAGGAGAGUGCGCAGUUGAACAGCAGGGCAAGGAACCGACGCGACACAGGACCCGCGAAAAAGGCCCUACAGGGAAGUGCUGAGCAAGAAUCAGGGUGUGACGCUUCAGGCGAGAGAGACAUGGGGAGCUCCGUGAAGGCAGCAGACAGAGAGGAGAGGAAUGGGACGUCUUUUCUGCGUGUGGAGGAAGAGUAUCCAAAGGAGGACGACGGUGGAGACAAAGCAGAGGAGGCAGACGCCCCCACAGACUCCAGUUUCUUCUUCGAAUUGCAUUUGUAG